AUGGGUUGGGUGCGAGACGAACGGCUACACCGAGCCUAUCUCAGCGGAAAGGUUGUUUAUGAAGUGCCGGCGGAUGAGCCUACAGCGGGGUGGUUUAACAUUCUUAUGGUACACCAGAAUAUGUACAAAGGGGCCCAGGGCGGGGUGGCGGCAAAGAACUGUCUGCUAGAGAGAAUGCUGCCCCCCUUCGUUGAUCUGGUUGUCUGGCUCUAA